AUAAGGUUAGUAGGUUACGGUAGUGGCAGUAGAGAGGAACGACCAAGCAGAGGGUUUUGCAAUUGUUUCGAUUUUCCUUUGAAAGCGUUUGAAAAUAACAGACAAAUGAAAGGAAUGAGUUAUGAUGCGAUUGCGAGUGUCAGAGCCAAUUCAAUUCCGAUUUCAGAUUCAUCGAUAGCUUAAACACACAGAUUGACCCUACUGUUGCCUUGACAUCUGACUGUGUCACGUUUGCCUUCCAUGUGCAAAAUGACUUGAUAAGAGAAUGAGUGCAGAGAUUGAUUCAACUUCUGCUCCUGAACCUCACAAAAUGUCUGGACCUUCAUCUGCAGCAACUACUAGUGGCCAGAAGCUCUCUAUAUUUGCUGCCAAAUCUGGAUUUGUCAUCCCUAAAAACAAGUUGUCAGGGUCACUGGUCCCUAUUUUCCGAGGGGCUAAAAAGCACAGGGUCACUGGAGCCAUCAAUGAAGAAAGUUCAAAACAAAGUGAGAGGAGAUCAAAAUGGGGACCUGAUCUGACACAAGAUGCAACCGUCAGGAGGGGAAAAGUUUUAGCUUUGCAGAUUCGAGUGGAUCAAAUUACAAGGCAGUUGGAAUCAGAAAAGCUUGAAGCUGGGGACACCCAGAACUUGGCACUGAUGGCUGAGAAUCCAGAUAACAGCAAAUCUGGCCCUCAAAUUGACAGCAAGAAGUCAGAAAUUCUCGAACUUGAAAAGCGAGAGGCAAUAGGUGAAAUACUAAAAUUAGAUCCCAGUUACAAGCCUCCAUAUGGUUUUAAACCAUUGUUAAAAGAAGCGAACAUUCCUUUGCCUGUCCAAGAAUAUCCAUGGUACAAUUUUGUUGGUCUAAUAUAUGGUCCUGAAGGUGAUAACCAAAAACGACUAGAAAAGGAAACUGGUGCCAAGAUAAAAAUGCAUGGAACCAAAGCAGACACCGGAGAGAAAGGUGAAAUUAAACCUGGAACUGAUAUCCAGUGCAGUUACAAAGAGAUGCAUGUCAACAUAUCAGCUGAUAGUUUUGAUAAAGUGGACGCAACAAUGUCAAUCAUUGAGCUGCUAAUUACCUCUGUAACUGGGAAUUUAGCUGCUGGUUCUACAACCCCUACAUCAGUUUCUAGGGACAGCACUAAUGUUCUGAGUCAAAGGCAAGAAGGCCCCCCUUCUCAUGCAGAUUCUCUAACUCUCGAAAAUCAGGCUGUGUUGCAACCUGUAGCUGUUACACAAAUGCAUGGAGAUAACUUCCAAUACUCUGGUCCAUGGUUUUCAGCGGUUCCAUCUCAUAGGCCUGUGUUUGCUUCGUCUGGCAGUGUAGCCCCCCAAAAUCCACCAGGUCUUGCUAGAACUCCCCAUUUUCCAUCACAAACUUCAAACAUGGCUUCGACUUUUGGUGCCCAACCUGUACCUGUUGCUGGAUUUCAGCAGAUUAUUCCAAAUCAAAAUGUUUCUGUGCAAGCACCACCACCAAGACAUAUUUUACAGUAUCCGCAUAUGACUCAGGCACGUCCUUUGGGUAACCUUGGCCCCCCAAGAAAUCCUUCUAUAAUAUCUGUACAGAAUAUGUCAACUCCAACAAAUGCUUCACUUUCAUUUCCUGUUACUUUAAGCCAAUCAACGGCAAUAGGACAACAUCAGACAUCAGUGUCAUCAAUGCAUCUACCUAUAUCUGGUAUAUCACCAUCACCGAUACCUAACCAGCCAUUGACCUAUCUUGGGGUCUCUUCUGGCCAUAAUGAAGCCCCUGUCACUGUUAAAAUGUCUGUAGGUCCCAGCAAUAUGGGGCCAAUGGCUCCACCAGUGGUUCCACCUGCAAGACCUGUUUCUCUACAUCAACAACCGGAUGUUGCAUUCAAGCCUCCACUGUCAAACAUGUCAAUGAUGCCACAAUCUGCCACCUUUCCUCCACAUCAAGUAGGAAUUUCCUCUGGACCACCAUCAUCUUCUUUGAGACCCAUGCCUGUACCAAUAGCUGCACCUACACAUUCAUCUGUAAACCAUUUAUCGGGACCUGUUUCAUUUCCUUCACCUGGAAUAUCCCCUUCACUUCCAUUACCUCAGCAAGCAGGAAUACCUAAUUCUGCUUCUGGAGCUUCUCCUUAUCACGCCCAUGUAAAACCACCGGUCUCGGUGACAUCAAAAUCUGGAAAUUUUACUUUUCGAUCACAUCCACCCAAUGCAGACUACAGCCAAGUGGUUUCUGGACCAAACAAUCAAGCAGGUCCCAUGCAAGAGCCACCUUCUGGUCCACGACCUCCACCAUUUGGGUUUGUUGUGCCUGAUCGGCCUCUUCAAAUCUUUCCUAGGACACAAUUCCCCGAUCAAGUGGAUAAAACAAUCCCCUUUGGAGGGAUUUCAGGUUCCAUCUCGAACUCAAUUCCACCACCCAGACAUGCUGCAUUUCCAUAUGCUGGUCAACCUGCACCUAGAUCUUCAGUCCCACAAAUGGGUAUGAAGAACUUCAUUUCUGCGCCUCAAAUGCCAAAUUUGAACAGUGCUGGUGCCGAAAGAGGCAUGCCUAUUCGACAAAGCUAUCCUGUUCAUAUGACACGGCCAGAUAUCCCAAUGCCUCUGAAUCACAAGUUUGCCAACAAUCCCCCCAUGACUUCUGGUAAGCUACCUUCUGACCAAAUUUAUGAUCCCUUUUCACCCACUUCUGCACCUCCACAACAGAAAGGUAAUCCUGGAAAAUGAGGGCAUUUGAUGUGGCUACAGAUAGGUGAUACUGACAAAGUGAAAAGUUGAUUUAGGAGUUAGGACUGCAGUUUUAGGCAAACAGACGCGAUACUAUUUGCAUAGAUUAAUAAUGGGCAUCAUUACAUAAUCUUAUAUGAUUUCUUACCAUAGUUUGAGUUGAGGACUUGUAUUACUUGUUUUUUGGGCCUUUCUUUUCUGAAUGCCCGUUACCAAUGGUUGAUUAGGAUUUGAGUUCAACAAUGUUUGCUGAUGGGGGACCUAUAUUAUAGUGAGAAUGGAUAAAUGCAUUCUUUCACUUUAAUUAAAUAAUUAGUAUAUGUUAAAAAAUAUAUUUUAUUUUGCACCCUUAA